AUGGCUACAGGUCUUGAAGUACUAGGCGCUGUCAGUGCCGUUUGCGCACUCGUCUCGUUUGCUAGAGAGACCAUAUCUGUGUGCAAGCGGGUCUAUAAUGGCGAAUCUACUGCUAACGAAGAUCUCAAGAAACAUGCUGAGCAGAUGUCUGAAGCGAUCGCCUGGGUCCAAACCCGCUGCAUGGGCAUUCGAGAGCUUUUUCGAGAAGGGGCCAGAUUGACUCGCGAAUUUGCCACAAAACUUGUGUCUUGUCAUGACAUGGAGAAAUUUGACCUUGAGUCUGCUAUUGCUUCCGUGUCAGGUAAAGGUCUCAGGGUCAUUUGCCCAUUGUGUCACUGGACAUCAGAGGAUAUUUUCCCUCGAGCUCUGGAUACUUGA